AUGAAGGCUCUGAUCGUGUCUUUGCUGGGCCUGCGUUUGGUCAUGGGGAUGGGCCACUGGUGUGAGCACUUACUGGAGGAGAGGGUGGAGCACGUCAUAUCGCCCCGUCUGCAGCGUGAGGUGGACUGUUCCGAGGUGUACCAGUACAACACUCAGGGCUGGAGGCUGGACGUGGACAGAAUGCGCCAUGAGCACGGGGGGGAUGACGGCAUUGCCCUGUACUACAAGCAGCAGGGUCCCAGAGCUUCGUGCUAUGUGUUCAAGCCUCCGGACAUUGAGAGUGCGUUGGUGAACAGGACAGUCAGGAGCUGCUGUGAAGGCUGGGAUGGCCCUCGCUGCUCACAGGGUGUGGGUGUGAGGGGCCAGUGCUUCUCCACGUGGAGCUGUGAGGAGUUCCCCGGCGUGGCCAACUCCUCCCUCAUGGGACUGGAAGAGUGCUGCGGGACGCUGUGGGGCCUCAGUUGGAGAAAUGCCUCCGACGACACCUGCCUCUCCUGCACAUACACACUUAUGCCAGACUCGUCGUCUUCGCCGGUCCUGCGCGGGGGGGCUCUGUUGCGGGCGGCGCGCGCCCCCCAGGGCUCGGCCACCUGCGUGACGUGGGGCGGGGCGCACUACCGCACCUUCGACAGGAAGCACUUCCACUUCCAGGGCAGCUGCACGUACACGCUGGCCUCCUCCACGGACGGCACCUGGGCCGUCUACAUCAGCACCGCGUGUGACGACCGCGGACACUGCAGCAAGGCCCUCCGAAUGAUGCUGGGUCUCGACCUGGUGACAGUUCUCAAGGGGAACAUGACGCUGAACAGCCUACUGGUACCAAACGGAGAACCGCUCUUCCAAAACGGUGUCAGCGUCCACUGGCUCGGGGACUUUGUGUUUGUGGAGAGUGGACUCGGGGUACGCCUGAAGUUCGACAUGGACAACACCGUCUACCUCACAGUCACCGCAGACCAUCUGGGCAACACCAGAGGACUGUGUGGUGUCUACAACAACAACGCCAACGAUGACUUCACCCUGGCCACUGGGAGCGUGUCUGCGUACGCGGCAAGCUUCGGGAACUCAUGGCGAGUGUCUGAUAAGCAAACAGAGGGUUGUAGCGAUGCAGCUGAGUUGGGUCACAGUUGUGACAUCACAGGCAGUAUUGCUGUGCGGGGAGAGGCCGAGUCGGCAUGCCACAGGCUUCUGGAGACGCCAUUCUCCCAGUGUCACCAUCGGGUGGACCCAGCGGCAUACGUGGACUCGUGCCUUUACCUGUACUGCAGUCUGCCCAGUGCUGAGAGGGAGGGGGCAGUGUGCCAGACCCUGGCCAGCUACGCCCGAGAGUGCGCCCAACAACACGUCAUCAUCAGCUGGCGUCGCCACGGACUGUGUGGCCGAGUGUGUCCCCGGGGUCAGGUGUUUUCGGACUGCGUCUCCUCCUGUCCCGCCAGCUGCUCCUCGCCCCUGCCCCCCGCCUCCGGUCAGUGUCGCGAGGAGUGCGUGGGGGGGUGCGAGUGCCCCCCAGGACUGUUCCUUCAGGGGGGAGAGUGCCUGAAGAGGGACGACUGCCCCUGCUUCCACCGCCGGCGCUCCUACAAGGCCGGCCACACCAUUCAGCAGCAGUGCAACACGUGUGUUUGUACAGCUGGCCAGUGGCGGUGCUCAGGGGAGAAGUGUGCAGCUCAGUGCGUUCUGAUUGGUGGACUGCAGGUCACGACCUUUGACAAAAAGAGAUACACUCUUCAGGGAGGAGACUGUGGCUUCACUGCAGUGGAGGAUUUUGUGGACAGGAAGUUGGAGGUGACGGUGCGUGUUGGAGAGUGUGUGAACGGAGGAGGACGAGGCUGCCUGAGAGAGAUGUCUGUCACGGCGCUCCGCACCACGGUCAUCGUCACGGAUACUGGUGCUGUGAGUGUUAACGGGCGGCUGGAGGCGUUGCCGGUGGUGACGGGGGACCUGGUGGUGAGGCGGGCCUCGUCCACGUUCCUCCUGGUCCAGGCGUUCGGGGCUCAGCUGCUGUGGUACCUGGACGGAGCCCUGGCCCUCAUCACCCUUCAACCAGGCUUCGCCCAGAAGGUCCGAGGACUGUGCGGCACACUGACCUGGAAUCAGCACGAUGACUUCACCACACCGGAGGGGGACGUGGAGAGCAGCGUGACGUCCUUUGCCAGCAAGUUCACCACGGGCACCUGCCCAGUCCCACAGGCCAGCCCGCCUGACCCCUGUGCCACCUACACACAGCGGCGACAGCAUGCUGAGAACGUCUGCGCCGUCAUACACAGCUCCGUCUUCCAGCCGUGCCACGAUGUGGUGGACAGGGAGCCGUACAUGCGUCUGUGUUUGAGCGACAUGUGCAGCUGCGCCACCAACAGGCCGUGCCAGUGUACUGUCCUCACGGCCUACGCCCGCCACUGCGCUCAGGAGGGGGUGACCAUCAGCUGGAGGAACCACACCUUCUGCCCUGUGCAGUGUUCUGGCGGUCAGCUGCACCAGGAGUGUGGGCGCUCGUGUGGAGCCUCCUGCGGUGACCUGCGCCAAGGCUGGCCCUGCGACGCCCCCGGCGGCGCCCCCAGCUGUGUGCCCGGCUGCCAGUGCCCACCGGGCCUGGUGCAGGACGACGAGGGCCAGUGCGUGCCCGCCAGCCUGUGCCCGUGCCAGAGAGGAGAGCAGAUGUAUCCACCGGGCAGCACCGUCCAGAACAACUGCAACACAUGCAUCUGUCAGAGGGGUGGUUGGAACUGCACCAACUCUAAGUGUCCUGAGGUGUCCCAGUGCCCGGGCACUCUGGUCUACUCUCCGCGCUCCUGCCUCCGCACCUGUGCCAGUCUGGACGCCCCCCUGGCACCCUGCGCCGAGCCCAUCUAUGGCUGCACCUGCCCAGAGGGCACCGUCCUGCUGGGUGAUCGUUGUGUUCCUCCUGACGAGUGUCCAUGUCAUCACAAUGGUAGAAUGUACUUCUCCAAUGACACCAUCACCAAAGACUGCAACACUUGUGUGUGUCGCGCGAGGCGGUGGCACUGCGGGCAGUCCCUGUGCGCUGGCACCUGCGUGGCCACGGGCGACCCGCACUACGUGACGUUCGACGGCCGCUGCUUCUCGUUCCUGGGGGACUGCGAGUACGUGCUGGCGCAGGAGAGCGGCGGCCAGUUCAGCGUGGUGGCGGAGAACGUGCCCUGCGGCAGCACCGGCGUCACCUGCACCAAGUCCGUCACCUUCACCGUCGGCAACACCGCCAUCCACAUGCUGCGCGGUAAGGCGGUGACUGUGAACGGCAUGGCUGUGUCUCUCCCCAAGUCCUAUUCCGGCAGUGGGCUGACGUUGGAGAGGGUGGGGAUGUUUGUCUCUCUGUCAUCACGCCUGGGGGUCACACUGCUCUGGGAUGGAGGCAUGCGUGUGUAUGUCCGCUUGGCGCCGAGUCUUCGUGGCAGGGUCGGGGGGCUGUGUGGUAAUUUCGACGGCGACACAGAGAACGACUUCACCACUCGCCAAGGCAUCGUGGAGUCGACGCCGGAGCUCUUCGGAAACUCCUGGAAGGUCAGCCCGUCCUGCCCAGACGUGCGGGACCAGGACCUCAGAGACCCGUGUGCGAUCCACCCUCACAGGGUGACGUGGGCGAAGAAGCGCUGUGCUGUACUCACCCAGGAGCGCUUUGGCGCGUGCCAUGCGGAGGUGCCAUACCAGCAGUACUACGACUGGUGUGUCUUUGACGCCUGUGGGUGUGACUCAGGUGGGGACUGUGAGUGUUUGUGCACGGCCCUCGCUGCGUACGCUGAGGAGUGUAACCGUCGGGGAGUGUACAUCCGCUGGAGGUCACAGGAGCUCUGUCCGCUGCAGUGUGAGAAUGGGCUGGAGUAUCAGCCCUGUGGCUCGGCCUGCUCCUCCACCUGUCCUGGAGUCGCCCCCAACCCCAACUCUCACUGUGGAGCUCUGUCCUGUGUGGAGGGGUGCUUCUGUCCUACUGGCACUGUCAGGCAUGGUUCUGGCUGCAUCACCCCCUCUGAGUGUCCGUGUCAGUGGGAGGACUCUGAGUUUCCUCCUGGUUCCACCCUCACACAGCACUGCCAGAAUUGCACCUGUGUUGGAGGGGGCUGGAAGUGUGCGGGGGCCCCAUGUCCGCGGCCCUCCCCAUGCCUGGAGUCCGAGUUCCAGUGUGCAGGGGGGCGCUGUGUUCCGUCCCUCUGGGUGUGUGACAACGAGGACGACUGCGGAGACGGCUCCGACGAGGUUUGCCCCACCACCUACUGUGGAGAGGUGUGUCGAGAGGGCGAGUUCCGUUGUUCCGGGGGCCGGUGUGUGUCCUACCUCCACCGCUGUGAUGGCCACGACGACUGCGGGGACUUCAGCGACGAGAGAGGGUGUGUGUGCCCCUACGGAGAGUUCCAGUGCCCUGGUGGGCAGUGUUUGGCACCAGAGAGAGUGUGUGACGGUCACAAGGACUGUCCCUCGGGCACAGAUGAAACCAUCUGCCCUGCCAAAGGUUGUGGGCGGCAUGAGUUCCGCUGCUCCAACGGGCAGUGUACUCCGCUGGCAUGGCGAUGUGAUGGGGAGACGGACUGCCUGGACGGCAGCGAUGAGCAGCAGUGCCCUAAAAGGUGCCCGCUGGGUCAGUACCCGUGCCAGAGCGGGGACCAGUGCAUCCUCUACCAGCAGCUAUGUGACGGGGUGGAGCACUGCAGAGACGGCUCGGACGAGAGCGUGGGGACAUGUGGUUCUGUGCGGAUCCCUCCCUGUGUGGGCAGCUUCUCCUGUGACAACCACACGUGUGUGAACGCGUCGCAGGUGUGCGACGGGACUCCCGACUGCCCUCACGGCGAAGACGAGCUGCUCUGUGAGAAGACUCCUCCAACUGCUGUUCCGCCUGGAGACAAGAACAACACACGCACCUGUCCUGAGUUCACCUGUCGCGAUGGAGGCUGUGUUCCCUUCAAAGCGGUGUGUAAUGGGGUCCCAGACUGCCCUGACGUGCCUCGACCCGGGGGCCCCUCGGACGAGCAGCGGUGCAGGAGCUGGAGCACCUGGGGGCCCUGGAGUCCCUGUAGCCGCUCGUGUGGAGCGGGCUCCAUGCGCCGCCGCAGACACUGCCCCCUGGGGGAUGUUCUGGGGUACUGCAGGGGAGAGGACACAGACAGGCAGCAGUGCUUCAAGGCCUCCUGCCCAGUGGAUGGAUACUGGCAGCCGUGGGUGUCGUGGUCUAACUGCAGCAAGGGGUGUGGUGGUGUGGAGGUGCGGCAGAGAGACUGUGUCCCCCCUCAGAAUGGGGGACGCCACUGCAGUCAGCUUCCAGGGGAGACGGCCCUCACCACCGAAAUCAAGCCCUGUGCCCCUGAGGGCUGCAGCAGUAAUGUGUCGUGCCCGGCGGGUCUGGUGUGGCACAACUGCAGCUCUUGCCCCCUGAGCUGCGCCCACGUGUCUCGGGGAGCCACCUGCCAACACCCCACCAGGUGCUUCACAGGCUGCUGGUGUCCGGAUGGCCUGGUGAUGAACCAUGAGCAGAAGUGUGUAUCGGCGGACGAGUGUGUGUGUGAGGUGUCGGGGAUGCGCUACUGGCCGGGGCAACAGGUGAAGCAGGGGUGUGAGAUCUGCACCUGUGUGAGGGGGAGGCCACAGAACUGCAAGCCCAACCCAGAGUGCUCAGUGCACUGCGGCUGGUCGUCCUGGUCUCCAUGGGGAGAGUGUUUGGGGCCGUGUGGGGUUCAGAGUGUACAGUGGUCCUUCCGCAGCCCCAACAACCCCAGUACCCAUGGUAACGGGAGGCAGUGCCGUGGAAUUUACCGGAAGGCACGGCGCUGUCAGACGGAGGCGUGUGAUGAGUGUGAGUUCCAGGGUCACUCUCAUGGUGUUGGGGACCGCUGGAACAAUGGCCCAUGCCAGGUGUGCCAGUGUCUGUCCAACGCCACCGUCCAGUGCGCCCACUACUGCCCAUAUGCCGUCACCGGAUGCCCGCAGGGACACACACUGGUUGCAGGCGAAGCAGACAGGUGUUGCUACUGUGAGCGCAAAGGGACGACUCCAGCCACUAUUCCAAUCAGUGUUGAGCCCUCCACUGCACCAGGGGGCGAUAUACCCACCGUGCCCACCUACCCGCUACCUCCUGGAGACGACUGCUGGGCUCCUCUCGGUGUACAGUCCCUCCCCUCCACCAGCUUCACUUCCUCAUCCCACCAGCAGGGGCACCCUCCCUGGGCGGGGCGUCUCCAUGGUUACGACCUCCACAGCGACCUGCAGGGUUGGAGUCCAGAGCCACAUCAGUACCAUGACCUGCCACCGGGGGCGCCAGGGAGCUACAGUAGUGGCGGGAGGCAGCCGCCAUACCUGCAGAUAGACCUUCUGAAGCCCUACAACAUCACAGGCCUCCUAACCCAGGGAGGUGGGAUGUUUGGCACCUUCGUGUCUAGUUUCUACCUGCAAUUCAGCAUUGAUGGAAUCCAGUGGUUCACCUACAAAGAGCUGAUCACUGACGCUCGCCCCAAAGCCAAGGUUUUCCUGGGUAACCGUGACGACCGUGGUGUCGCUCAGACACGAUUGGACAGGAUGGUGUCGGCACAGUUUGUGCGGUUGCUGCCACACGACUUCCAGAAUGGUAUCUACCUGCGAGUGGAACUGAUGGGCUGUGAGUCAGGUAAAUCAUGCCGAGAGAGGGAGUUCCGCUGUGACAAUGGCCGCUGUGUUCCGGCCGGACCCUCCGGUGUUGUUUGUAACGGAGUCAACGAUUGUGGGGACGGCUCGGAUGAGCGCCACUGCGGUCAGUUCUCCUGUCCGCCACCAGGGGGCUGCAUUGAUGCAGCACAGCGCUGUGACGGGGUGCCUCAGUGCCCUGACGGGGCGGAUGAGAAGGGCUGCGUCCCCUCCAAACCCGUCACACCCACCCCUGCACCCCUCAGGACACCUGGGGUGGCCGCGGUUACUUCGGCCAGGACGACACCGACAACAACUCAAGGUGGACCUGGGCAUAGGGUGUGUGCCUCCGCUAUGGGCAUGGAAGAUGGCCGAAUCUACUAUGGUCAGCUGACCUCGUCGACCAACCGCGAAAACAACCCAGCUGACGGUGGCCGUCUCAAUGUCAUCCCUAAUGUUCCCGUUAUGGAGCCAGGGUGGAGUCCGUUGCCAAGCGACCCCCGUCCCUACUUCCAGGUGGACUUCCUGGAGCCCACCUGGGUGUCGGGCGUGGUGACGCAGGGCAGCGAGCGCAUGUGGGGCUACCUGACCAAGUAUCGCCUGGCGUUCGCCCUGGAGGAGAGCCAUUUCACUGACUACACAGACACCGGACGGACAGGCGACUCGCCGAAGGUGUUUGAGGUGCGGAUGGUGGGUAGAAGCCCUGUCACACGCUGGCUGAACAGACUGAUAAGGUUGCGGUAUCUGCGUAUCAUACCUGUGGAAUACCGACACACCUUCUACCUGCGCGUGGAGAUCUUAGGCUGCAGAGAAGAUGAGUUGGUGACCCCCAGUAGUGUGACCACUGGGGCCCCGGGAGUGAUCACGCCUCGGCGGUGUGUGAGCGGCACGUUCGCCUGCUCCAGCGGAGAGUGUGUCCCCGUCGCCGUGCUGUGUGACGGCCGCCCAGACUGCCUGGACCACUCUGACGAGCUGGGCUGUGGUACAGGUUCUCCUGGUCUUCGGAACCAGACCGCCUCAGCGGGAGGUCCAGGGGUGCCGACGACCCGACCGGUGGUGACCACUCCAUCACACUACCCAGGACUCCGCACCCCCACUACAGCACCGUCUGGACGGCCAGGGCUGAAGACCACUGCAGUAGGCGUGGCAACCACAACGCCCCAUGAUGAUGGAUUACCCAGAGUGCUUUGUGUGGAGGGCCAGUUCUCGUGCAGAGUGUUCGGUUGCGUUGAUGCUGCACUGGUGUGUGACGGACGAGAGGACUGUGUAGACGGCUCGGACGAGGAUCACUGUGGUGCGCCAACACCCAUCCCGACACCAGUCACACCUGUGCCACCAGGCCCCUCCCCCUGCUCUGACAAGCAGUUCACCUGUUCCAGUGGAGAGUGUGUGCACCUGGACAAGAGGUGCGAUCUGCACAAGGACUGCGCAGACGGCUCAGACGAGGCCGACUGUGUGGACUGUGUCCUGUCGCCGUGGACGGCGUGGAGCGGCUGCAGCGUGUCGUGCGGUCUGGGCUCUCUCUUCCGCCAGAGGGACGUGCUGAGGGACGCCAGGCCCGGGGGGGCGUGUGGGGGGGCCCAGUUCGACAGCAGAGCCUGCUUCCUACAGGCCUGCGCAGUGGAGGGGGCGUGGUCCGAGUGGACCUCCUGGUCUCCGUGUGACGUCACCUGUGGUGGGGGGCUGAUGGUCAGGAACCGCUCCUGCUCCAACCCCCCUCCCAAAAACGGGGGGCACGACUGCGAGGGGAUGACUCUCCAGACUCAGACCUGCAACACACAGCCCUGCGGCUCAUCCACUCAGAAAGGCUGUGUUAACGGGAUGGUGCUGGUGAGCGAAGCGGACUGCCGUGGGGGGCGGGUGGAGCCGUGCCCUUUGACCUGCUCGGGACUGUCCUCCGAGAGGAACUGCAGCUCUGCCUGCAUCACAGGAUGUCGCUGUCCUCCUGACCUCUACAUGCAAGACGGCGGCUGUGUGAAUGCCAGCCGGUGCAGGUGUUUAUGGGAUGGCUCGGUCCUCCAGCCGGGAGACAGGGUCACUAAGGACAACUGCAGCACAUGUGUAUGUCAAGAUGGGCAGUUUGUCUGUGACCACUCCAAAUGUCUGAGCAGCUGUGAUUGGUCUGCUUGGUCGUCAUGGACACCGUGUGAUAGCACCUGUGGCACUGGUUUACGGCAGCGUUACCGGUCUCCAGUGAGUCGCCCAGGAGGGGGGUCCGGUCAGCCAUGUUCUGGAGAUUCCACUGAGGUGCGACAGUGCUACACCCCCUGUCCCCCAGAUGAGAAGGGGGCACCGUGGAGCGAGUGGACUUCCUGGUCAGAGUGCAGUAAGACCUGCUUCCUGCAUGUGGACGAUGUGGGGCUGAGGAGGCGCUUCAGGAGCUGCAACCAAACAGACAGCGCCCCCUGUCUGGGGGAGGCUGAAGAGCAGGAACCGUGCAACACCAAAUACUGCCCAGUGAAUGGCGGUUGGUCAGCGUGGUCUCCCUGGUCCCAGUGCUCAUCGGAGUGUGACUCGGGGGUGCAGACGCGCAAGCGGCUCUGCAGUUCCCCCUCCCCACAGUAUGGGGGCAGCACCUGUCCCGGGCCACACAUUCAGACUCGGGACUGCAACUCCCAGCCCUGCUCAGGCACCUGUCCCGAGGGCAUGGCUUACCUAACAGUGGAGCAGUGCCAAGCUCAGGGUGGCGCGUGCCCGCGAGUGUGUCUGGACAUGACAGCUGCUGUGGAGUGUGCCACGGAGUGCUACGACGGCUGCUACUGUGCCCUGGGCUUCUACCUGUACAACAGCACCUGUAUGCCGCUCAGCCAAUGCCCCUGCUACCACCAGGGGGCAGUAUUCACACGCGGAGCCACAGUCCCUCUAGACGCCUGCAACAACUGUACUUGUCACAAUGGGGAGAUGGAGUGUGGUACAGCGCCAUGCCCUGUGGACUGUGGCUGGAGUGUGUGGACCCAGUGGAGUGCGUGCAGUAGGACGUGUGACGUCGGCAUCCGGCGGCGCUUCCGCUCGGCGACCAAUCCCCCGGUGGCGUUUGGUGGCCAGCCGUGUCUGGGGGACAGAGUGGAGCUGGACACCUGCAGUGUCAAACCCUGCCAUGGUGUGAAGCAGCCCUGGUCUGCGUGGUCCGCGUGUUCUGUUCCAUGUGGCGGAGGGUACCGGAAUCGAACCAGGGGUCCGUUCAGAACCCAUGGAACCGCCCAGCAGUUCAGUGCCUGCAACCUCCAUCCCUGUGGUGAGAACAGUGUGUGUCCUGCAGGUCAGGAAUGGGCGGAGUGUGUGAGGGAGGCGGUCACCUGUGCUGAGAUUGGACAGGACUCGCACAGGAACAACUCCUGCAAAGCAGGCUGCCAGUGCCCGCUAGGAUAUGCUUUACAGGGUGGAAAGUGUGUCCCUCUGCCUGAGUGCCUGUGUGAUGUGGAGGGGGAGCAGUAUCAUCCAGGAGCCACUGUGGCCAAGGACUGCAACAACUGCACAUGUGAAUCGGGGAAGCUGGUGAAUUGCACAGAUCACGACUGCAGUGUGGACGGUCACUGGUCAGACUGGAGUGGCUGGAGUUCGUGUUCCGUUAGCUGCGGUCCAGGUCUGCGUUCUCGCUACCGGUUCUGUUCCAGCCCAGAGAGAACCGGCAGUGGUCUACCCUGCCUGGGUCCACAGCGGCAGGACCAAGUGUGUGUGUCAGCUCCUUGUGACCGUGAUGGAGGUUGGAGUGAGUGGACCUCCUGGACGGACUGUACCAAGUCUUGUGGCGGGGGGGUGAAGAGUCGCAGGCGAGACUGUGACCACCCCCCUCCUCAGGGCCGUGGGGACUACUGCGAAGGCCGGGCCUCAGAGAUCAUCAGCUGUAGCACAGACCACUGCCCAGUGGCUCCGUGCUCCGAGGUGCCUGGUACGGCCUUCAGCAGCUGUGGCCCCUCCUGUCCACGUUCCUGUGAUGACCUGGCUUUCUGUGAGUGGCGCUGCGAGGCUGGUUGUUACUGCACUGGUGGCCGUGUUCUCAGCAGUAACGGCUCGGAAUGUGUGGAGAGAGAACACUGCCCCUGCCUGGACCUCACCACUGGACUCCGACUCAACCCUGGGGAGUCCAGCCUGGCCUCAGAUGGAUGUAACAACUGUACAUGUGAUGGAGGCAAAGUCACUUGCACAAAUAACCCUUGCCCAGUGGAUGGCGGUUGGUGUGAGUGGUCGAACUGGACCCCUUGCUCAAAGACGUGCGGGGCGGAGUUUGUGUCGCGCUACCGCAGCUGUGGAUGUCCUGAGCCCCAGGCGGGGGGCUCUCCCUGCCCCGGAGCCCAGGAGCAGCACGGGGGCCUGGGGGUGCAGAUCGAGAGGAAGGCCUGCCCCUCCACACGCUUCUGCCCAGUUCACGGGUCGUGGGGCUCGUGGGGUGUGUGGUCGGAGUGUGACGCGUGUGGCGGGGUGUCCGUCAGGAGGAGAGAGUGUAACAGCCCCCCCGCACGCUUCGGGGGUCUGCCCUGCCACGGUCCGAGCCAGCAGAGCCGGCGCUGCCAUGACAACGCCACCAUCUGCUCCGACUGUGGAGGUGGUCAGGAACACUGGCCUUGUGGGAAGCCCUGCCCUCGUUCAUGUUCAGAUCUCCAUGGCGACACAGAAUGCAUCGACAGUCCAGACUGUAGUCCGAACUGUGGUUGCCCAGGCGACCAGGUUCUGCAGGACGGGGUGUGUGUGGAUCGUGAACUCUGCCGUUGCAAGUUCCACAACAGAACCACAGAUGGACUGGACUCUGGAAACGCCUCCUGGGUGUGGCCGGGCCAAUCAGAUUGGCAGUAUGCAAAUUCAGGAGACUUCAUCAUCAGUGACUGCAACAACUGCUCCUGUGAUGCUGGAGUUCUUCAGUGUCAAUCAGUUCCAGGUUGUCAUGUCGACGGGGCAUGGAGCCAAUGGGACUCGGGCCCAUGGUAUGACUGGUCGCCCUGGUCACAGUGCACGGUGAGCUGUGGGGGAGGGGAGCAGUACCGCACCCACUCCUGCCGAACACCCCCCUGCUCCGGCCCCAAACGCCAGAGCAAGACCUGUAACACUCAGGUGUGCCUAGAGGUGGGGUGCCCUCCGGGUCGGCUGUACCGUGAGUGUGAGCGGGGAGAGAGCUGCCCCUUCAGCUGUGCCCAGGUCAGUGGGCGCGAGGGCUGUUUCUCGGAGGGGUGCGAGGAGGGGUGCCACUGCCCCCCCAACACUUACCAACACCGCGGAACCUGUGUACAGGAAUGUCCAUGUCUGGUGGACAGGAAACUGCUGACCUCACUGCAGAAUGUGUCAGUUACCCCGGAGAUGACCCCUGACCUUCAUAACCUUACUGAGGGUGCGGAGCUCAUGUCUGGGGAAGCUCUACUGUAUGAGUGCAGUAACUGCUCCUGUGAGCACGGCAUGUGGAACUGCUCGUUGGUGCCGUGUCCCCGGGACGGAGGCCUGUCCCCCUGGGGCACCUGGUCACCCUGCUCGCUCACCUGCGGCGGCCUGGGCCACACGAGCCGCCAGCGCAGCUGCUCCAACCCUGCCCCUGCACACGGCGGGCUCGACUGCCAGGGGGCGCUAGAGGAGACCGCCUACUGUCAGGCCCCAGACUGUCCUGAUGAGGAUGCUGGGUUCUCAAAGUGGUCUUCCUGGACUCCGUGUUCUAAGACCUGCACGGAUGCCCGGACACCGGUCCUGAAGUUCCGCCACAGGGAGUGUCUGACGGCGCCGUGUUCUGGGGAGACCCGUCAGCAGAAGGCCUGCAACUUGCCCCAGUGCCCAGGUGUGGAGGUGUGUGUGGGUGAGGAGUGUGAGAGGCGAAACUGCACCUGGACGGAGUGGGGCGAUUGGGGGUCAUGUUCGCGCUCUUGUGGGGUGGGGCAACAGCAGCGGCUCCGCACCUUCUUACCCCCAGGGGCAAAUGGUACCUGGUGUGCGGACAUCCUCGGGGGCAACACAGAGAACCGGUUCUGCAACAUCCGUGCCUGCCGUGUGGACGGGGGCUGGUCUCGCUGGAGCCCGUGGUCGCGCUGUGAUAAGCGCUGUGGAGGGGGCCGCUCCAUGAGGACACGCUCCUGCUCCAGCCCUCCGCCCAAAAACGGCGGACGCAAGUGUGAGGGCGAGAAGAACCAGGUGAAGCCCUGCAACACCAAACCCUGCGACGAGCGUGGCUGCCCGCCAGGACAGGAGUUUGUGGCCUGUGCCAACGAGUGCCCGCAGCGCUGCUCAGAUCUGCAGCAGGGCAUCCAGUGCCAGGGCAACACCGAGUGCCAGCCGGGAUGCCGCUGCCCGCGAGGUCAGCUGCAGCAGGACGGUGUGUGUGUAAAGCUGUGGCAGUGUGACUGCGUGGACUCCCUGGGCCAGAGCUGGGCGGCGGGCAGCACCCACCAGGUGGACUGCAACAACUGCAGCUGCGCAGACGGCCUGCUCUCCUGCACCAACCGCAGCUGCAGCGCCGAGCCCAGCUGCUCCUGGAGCUCCUGGUCACACUGGGCCUCCUGCAGCGCCACCUGUGGGCCUGGAGGACAGAGGACACGCUUCAGAUCCUUUGUCCCUGAAACGCCCGACGCUGACUGCCAGUUUGAGGAAGUGCAACACAAGCCAUGUGACCCGGGACCCUGCCCUCCCCUCUGUCCCCAUGGCGACCGAGAGCUGUCAGUGGGUGACACAUGGUUACAGGGAGAGUGUAAACAAUGCACCUGCACCCCAGAGGGAGAUUACUGCCUAGACAUCGACUGCAGGGUGGACGGAGACUGGACCCCGUGGUCCGUGUGGUCAGACUGUCCCGUCACGUGCGGGCGUGGCACACAGGUCCGCAGCCGAGCGUGCAUCAACCCCCCGCCCCGGAAUAACGGCUCAGACUGCUCGGGUCCAGAGAAGGAGGCUCAGGAGUGCCAAGCCAAACCCUGCCUCGAUGACCUUUGCCCCUGGUCGCCGUGGUCUCCGUGCUCCCGCAGCUGCGGGGCGGGCGUGGUGUCUCGUCGGCGGAGGUGUGUGUGUGAGGAGGAGGGGGAGAAUGCGUGCCCCCCCGACAUCGAGACACAUCGAGACUCUCAGGAGACGCAGCUGUGCUACUCCAGGCCGUGUACAGAAUGCCCGAUGUCGGAGUGGAGCGAGUGGUCGGCCUGCUCCUGCGUGUCCCAGUGGCAGCAGCGCCACCGUGCACCACUCUCAGCAGCCAGCAGGGGGCAGCAGUGUGCAGAGCUCGAGACGGACAGCAGGGUCUGCCAGCCUGAACACUGCCAGGACUGUGAGGAGCCCUUCCAGUUCCAGGAGUGUGGUUACCCGUGCCAGAAGCACUGUGUCCUGCAGGCAGCGAGUGAAGCCUGUGUCGGCGAGCAGAGGUGCACUCCUGGCUGCUACUGCCCCCAGGGCUUGCUGCAGCAGAAUGGGACAUGUGUCCAGCCGGAGCAGUGUGGGUGUGUGCACCUCGUCCACCAGGGAACCGAGAAACCCAUCACCGUCACCCUCCCACAGGGGGCGCUAGUCAAAGUGGGCUGCAGCACCUGUUUGUGCCACGAUGGAGUGCUGCAGUGUGACACUCGGGAGUGUGAGGUCUCUGUGAGUGAGUGGUCUGAGUGGACACCCUGUUCCCCCUGCGUGCCAGCCUCUCACCUGCGCCCGUCCACCCAGAUCCAGCUGGGCAGUGCCCGGGUGGCAUCGGCCCAACAGCGGUAUCGGGCCUGCCUGGACCUGGACACAGGGAUGCCCGUGGUCGGCGAGGAGGGCCAGUGCCCCGAGGAUCUGGAGGAGGAGAGAGUGUGUCCCGACCCCGACGCCUGCAAAGACCAGUGCCAGUGGAGUGUGUGGGGGCCAUGGAGCGGCUGUCAGGACCCUUGCAGUGGUGGAUUCAGGCAUCGGCAGAGGCAGCCUCUAGCUGAACCGCCAGGACCCCAGUGCCCCAGACAACAGACCCAGACUCAAAACUGCAAUACCGGCCUCUGCCCAGGUGAGCGCUGUGAGGACCGGGGUCGUGUGUACGAGUCCUCGUGUGCCAACCAGUGCCCACGGAGCUGCACUGACCUGUGGGAUCAUGUCCAGUGUCUACAGGGGGCCUGCCACCCAGGUUGUCGUUGUCCAGAUGGUUGGCUGCUGCAAGACGGCGUGUGUGUGUUGACAUCGGCCUGCCGCUGUGGUGUUCCGUCUGACAACGGUACCGUUGAGAUCAGCCCUGGGCAGAACGUGACUGUGGACUGCAACACCUGCACAUGUGAGAAUGGCUCUCUAGUGUGCACCAGUCACCGCUGCCCUGUGAUUGGGCCCUGGGGACCAUGGAGCAGUUGCUCCGCCACCUGUGGGUGGGGCCAGAGGGUGCGGACCCGCCCCUGUAAGCAGAGGCCUGGUGGGCCGCCCUGCAGUGAAACCAGCCAGAACCAGACCUGCUCUCUGCAAGCCUGCCCAGCUGGGUGUGAGCUGAGCGAGUGGUCAUCCUGGAGCGUGUGUAGCGCCACCUGUGGCGGCGGGGUGUCGGUGCGCAGCAAGACCGUUCUACAGGAGCCGGAGCCUGGAGGUCAGGAGUGCCUGUCACCGCUGGAGCAGCAUAUGGCCUGCAACACCAACAGCUGUCUACCAGAGUGUCCUGCCGGCCAGGUGUUCAGCACCUGUGCAGGUAAGUGCCCUUACACCUGCGAGGACCUGUGGCCACGAGCCCAGUGCGUACCAGGAGCCUGCGUCCCAGGAUGCACCUGUCCGCCGUCCAUGGUGUUUCACAACGGCACGUGUGUGCCCAUCUCAGAGUGUCCGUGCUCCUCCCUGUGGUCACUCCUGGGGACUCCGAACGCCACGCUGGACUACCCCACCGAGGAGGUGCCCUCAGGGACCGCACUCACACACCUCUGCAACUCCUGUGUGUGUGCGGGCGGAGUGUUCAACUGCACAGAGGACCCAUGCGAUGCGAGCAAUGAUGCACGUUACUUUUUACCCCAGGCAUCGCGGGCUGGCUCGGAGUGGGAAACGGACUGCCUGUUGUGUCGCUGUGUUAAUGGCCAGAAGAGAUGCCAGUCAAUCUGUCCUCCUUUACUGUGCAAAGAGGGCGAGGUGAAGGUUCUGGACGGAGGCAGCUGCUGUCCAGUAUGUAUGAAGGAAUUCCCAGGGGAGCCUGAGCCGGAGUGCCGUCGCUACACCGAAGUUAGAAACAUCACCAAGGGCGACUGUCGCCUCGACAACGUGGAAGUCAGCUACUGCAGGGGGCGCUGUUUGUCCAGGACCGACGUCAUCCUGGAGGAGCCGUACCUGCAGGCGGUGUGUGACUGCUGCAGCUACCGACUGGACCCUGAGCGUCCGGUGCGCUUCCUGAGUCUGAGCUGCUCCAGCGGGGACAGCGAACCCGUCGUCCUGCCCGUCAUACACAGCUGCGAGUGCACAAGCUGUCAGGGAGGGGAUCUGUCGAAGCGCUGAGGAGAAGUGUGUGUGGAGGAGACAGCGGCAGCCCUGAUGUCCGAUGUUGUGCUCGCAUCUCUGUCGAGUGUGCUUUUUCUAGCCCGGAGUCAUUAUAUGACUGAUUUCUUUUUCCUAGAGUGCCUUCUGAAACUCUGACAUUAUUAUACCCAAUAGCAUCAUGCUGCCAUGCUGCCAUGGCCACCUGUAUAACUGUGUUGUACUACAGUUGUGAAGAACUAUUUUAUAUCUGUUUUAUAUAACUCUUUUUUUAUACUGCUGAUGUUUUAUAUGAUUGCUCUGUGUCUUGCUACUUAAAACAAU